UGAGUCACUUUGAAAUAUCAUCGUGACUCUUUGAAAGGUCCUCUUAUAAAAAAUAAGACAGACCAGUGCGAUAUGGGGUGUGGCGUCCACUCUGCAAGCCAUAUAAAAAGCCUGAUAGAGAGGCAGGUUGGGUGAUAAACCAGACUGAUCAUCUUUGAACAUGGCUUCAUUAAAGGCGAGUAGCGUUCUUGUGACCGGGGCCAACCGAGGCUUGGGUCUAGAAAUGGUCAAGCAACUCCUGGAGGCCCGUUGCUCCCAUAUUUUUGCUGCAUGUCGUGACCCAGAUGGGACCAAAUCUGAGUCACUGAGAGAUCUGGCCAAAAAGAAUCCAGGUGUCGUCACCAUUGUGAAGCUUGAUGUCGCUGAUCCAUGCAGUAUCAAAGAAUCUGCCAAGAAAGUGGGUUCUCUACUGGGCAAGAAUGGUUUGAACCUGAUCAUAAAUAACGCUGCAGUUUUGCCUUCAAAAUCCAUGUGGACCACCAAUGUUGAGGACAUGCACCAAGCCUUUAACACCAACGUGCUGGGACCUUUAUUUGUCAUUAGGGAGUACCUGCCGUAUCUGCGUGCAGCAGCUAAAGCCAGUGGCAAACCCGGGAUGUCAUGUGAUAAAGCAGCUGUUAUCAACAUCUCCACAGAUUCAUCAUCUUUGAGCCUCACACCAUCACAGCCAGAGCCAUUCCCGCUCUUCCCAUACAGUGUCAGCAAGGCAGGUCUAAACAUGUUGACUGUGUAUACUGCCAGGGACUUAAAGGCAGAUGAGAUCCUCUGCAUUUCCAUUCACCCAGGAUACGUGAAGACAGACAUGGGGGGAGAUGAGGCACAUAUCGACACCAGAACAAGUGUGGAGGGGAUGAUGCGUGUCUUUGGCAGCCUUACUGAGAAGCAGCAUGGUGGAUUCAUGGACUACACUGGAGAAACUAUGCCCUGGUAAAACAGAAACACAAACCAGUCUUCCAUAAGGAAGGUCAACAAGGGCUAAUCUAGAUGUCCUGUAUUACCCAUCAUAUAAAAGUUAGAAGCACAGUCAUUAACUUUUAUGACAGACAACAUGGCAACUUGAUUGUGUUCAAUACAAUAAAACCGACUAAACAAACAAACAAUA